AUGCCCAAGCACGCCACUCAACGCAGCCAGCGUACCCGCGCUACGCCAUACGAUCGCACUCACCAAACCACUAUCACCCGUCUCAGAGUUGCAAACGAAAGGAUCGAGAUCCUCAAGGCAGAACUCGACGUAACCAAUACCAAAAGGCAUCUCUGGAAAGCCAAGUACAACCAGAUCAAAGAAUUGGUCGACGACAUGCUCACGCACGCCAAGGGAUUGAUCGAUGGACGUGAGGAUGACGUGGAGGCCAAGCGUGCGGAACUAGGUCUUCGGUUGCAGAUGAUCCAUCUUCGGAAGAGAUGA